AAAAAAUCCCAUUAACUUCAAUUAUUGCUUACUUUGGAUAGGCUUUUUGCUCUCUGUCUUGCGGCAUGUGGAUAGUAUUUUAGAUUAGAUCGAGCUUCAGUUACCGUCACACUAGAGAAGAAAAAUGGGAGGACCAGUAGUUUUAAUCUCGUCGAGCAUUGUUCAACCAGGACACAGUGGCCAAUCUGGUCGAACUAAGAUCCAUCUUACUCCAUUUGAUCUCAGUCUUCUUCAAGUAGAUUGCCCUCAAAGAGGUCUUCUCUUUCCCCAACCCGACCAAGAUUUUCAUCUCAUAUCUCGACUCAAGUCCUCUCUCUCUGCUGCCUUAGAGAUCUACUUCCCUUUCGCCGGUCGUCUUGCCAAAGUUGAGAAUCUCGAAGACAAUACGGUGUCGUUUCACAUAGACUGUGAUGGCUCUGGCGCUAGGUUUCUCCAUGCUGAAGCUAAAUCUCUCUCGGUGAGUGACAUUCUUCAACCUCACGGUGAAGUUCCUGAUUUCAUAAAGCACUUCUUUCCCGCUGACGGUUUAAAGAACAGUGAUGGCCUGACAGAGCCCUUGCUUGCGGUACAAGUCACCGAGAUGAAAGACGGCGUCUUCCUUGGUUACUAUUACAACCACAUGGUAGCAGACGGUGUGUCGAUGUGGAACUUCCUCCACACUUGGUCCAUGAUUUGCUCGAGUGGUUCAAGCUCCGGUCAACAGCCUCUUGUUCUGAAAAGAUGGUUCCUCGAGGGGGUUAGUUACCCUAUCCAUAUUCCGGUCUCAGAGGCGGAGAAGCCACCACCACCGAGCCGUGAACUUUCUUCAGUGCCGGUAACACAAGAUCGUGUCUUUCACUUGACAAAGAAGAACAUUUCAGAUCUCAAAGCUAAAGCGAACAGCCAGGUUGGCUCAAGUGACAAGAACAUCUCAUCUCUUCAAGCGGUCUCAGCGCAUAUGUGGCGGUCGAUAAUCAGACACAGUGGUCUGACCGGGGAAGGAGAGACACAUUGCAAAGUAGUGGUGGACUUGAGGCAGAGGGUAAACCCUCCGCUUGAGAAGGAUUGUUUUGGGAACAUGGUUUACAUUACACCAGCCACAACCACCGUGGAAGAGCUGCUUGGUCGUGGCUUGGGAUGGGCUGCUCUGCAAAUAAGCAAGUUAGUGAGCUCACAAACGAAUGAAAACUGUAAGGCUUUUGCAGAGGAUUGGGUUAGUAAUGUGAGAAACCUAAAGACAGGAGUUGGGAGUAGAAUGGCUGGUGAUACUGUGCUUGUCUCAAGCUCUCCCCGGUUCGAUGUGUACCGGAACGAUUUCGGUUGGGGGAAACCAGUUGCGGUUCGAGCUGGACCGGGCAAUAGUAUUAGUGGCAAACUUGUACUUUUUCCAGGGAUUGAUGAAGGAAGUUUUGAUAUUCAAGCGACUCUAUGGUGUGAUGUACUAGUGAGUCUAUUAGCUGAUGUGGAAUUUUUAGAGCAUGUGACUACUAUGGUCUGAUGUACUAGUGAAUCUACUACGCGACCAUAUGGUCUGAUGUAUGCCUGGUUUAGUUAAGAAAUAAAACAGUUGAGUGCGACAUACUUUUUCUGCA